UUCUUCUUCCAAUCAUGUCACUUUGUAUAUAUCUGUUUUUUAAAGAUAUAUAAUCCGUAUUGAUUUCCAUGUUUUUGGGCAUGUUUCGUUUCAUAGAUGGGUGAACACGGAUUAGUUGUAAUUCAGUUUUUUUAAUUAUUUGAAAAUAGAGUGUAAAUUAUAAAUGGAACUCCCCUGUCUCUGCUCCAUCUCACCUCUGAAGCGGUAAACACGCAGAUAGAGAGGAGAUGGGAAGGUCGCCAUGCUGCGAGAAAGCCCACAUGAAUAAAGGGGCGUGGACUAAGGAAGAAGACCAGCUCCUCAUCGACUACAUCCGCAGGCACGGCGAGGGUUGCUGGAGAUCUCUUCCCAAAUCCGCCGGGCUGCAGAGGUGUGGGAAGAGUUGCAGGCUUCGAUGGAUGAAUUACCUGAGACCUGAUCUCAAGAGAGGGAACUUCACCCACGAAGAAGACGAUCUCAUCAUCAAGUUGCAUAGCAUGUUCGGUAACAAGUGGUCUUUGAUAGCAGGAAGAUUGCCGGGAAGAACUGACAACGAAAUCAAGAACUACUGGAACACCCACAUCAAGCGGAAGCUUCUCAGCCGUGGGAUCGACCCUCAGACCCACCGUCCGAUCACCGAAACCACCGCCCUAUCCAAAACGACGCCGUCCCCACAAAUUGACGCUCUUUUGCCCUCGGAGCUCGACUUCACCGGAGUAGAUCACCAGACAGUGAAAGCAGAGCCUCUGCUGCAAGAAGAGGGUAACUACACGAGCAGCGGAACGACGUCGGCUAAGGAAUACGAAUGCGAACUGAACCUGGAACUGUCCAUGGGGCCGACCACGUGUCACCGGCCCGAGUCAAAUCGAGCGGCGAACACUGACUCAGCGGAGUCGGAGAGGCGGUGGGCCCCGGGAAUGUUCGGGACGGACACGGGGGUCUGUCUAUGUUGCCGGGUAGGGUUUCAAAACGAGUCCUGUCGCAUUGCCAGUUUUCAGAGUUAGAAAGUAGGGAAAAGGGUUCCUUGUAAUUGCUGAUAGUAAUGUAUUGGUAUUGUCGUUAGACUGUCACGAGGCAUUGACAUGUUCAUGUAUAGUGUAUAAUGGACGAUGCGAUGAAAAACAACACAGAGCUAGAAAGACACACAUGGUUAGGUGUAAUGAAGGCAUCAUGACAUGCUGUUGCAUCAUGCAAAUACGAGAUGAGACGUGCCAUGCAAUUUUCAUCA